AACUAACGGAAUUAUGUCAGCCACUCAGCCCACCAACUCUGGCUCUCACCUUGUGCACUGCCGCUGUUAGCUCCACUUGCUCGCACUCUGAACCUCCCUAGUAGCCAAACGCUGUUUCCUGCACUGUCUGUCUUAUCGUCCCAAUAAUAUUCUUAUCUAAAUCGACUUCUUCCUUCCUUUGCAGAUUGUGCAUUGCAAUUGCGCAGUUUCAAUUUCUCUAAUUCCCUUCUUUCUGGCCAUGUCUUUCUUAGAUAAUGUCGAGCCUCCUACCAAUCUCCAGGAGCCGCAGUACAAGUUUGUGGUGGAUGAACUUUUCACCCAACUAGACGGUGCCAACAGGGCCAACUUGGGCCAUUUCAGAACCGUUUCCGAUAAAAAGGUGUCAGUGAUCCAGACGUUUAUCAAGACCUUUCGGAUUCACAUCGGUGACAACAUAUUCCCCACGGCCCGCUUGGUGUUCCCCGAUAAGGACCGACGUCUCUACUACAUCAGAGAUGUAACUCUAGCUAGACUCAUAGUCAAGAUGUAUUCCAUACCUCCGGAAUCGGAGGACUACAAAGUGUUGUACCAUUGGAAGCAUGGUUUCCAGAAGGAGAAAAGAUUCACAGUAGAUUCAAAUAACUUGCGAGAUUUGCCGUUGCGGGCCUCGCGUAUUAUUGCUAAUCGUAGAGAAUCUACACCAAUCACAACACGCCAUUCGUAUACUGUAGCCGAAAUGAAUUCCAAAUUGGACUCAUUGAAUGAUGCAAAGAAGUCUCAAGAACAGAUAGCCAUCUUAAAGCCUUUGCUAGACUCUCUCUCUAUUCCCGAAAUCAGAUGGUUGCUUCAUAUAAUUUUGAAAAAAUCGAUUCUAGUACGAUUUGAGAACUACUUUCUCAGUGUAUGGCACCCAGAUGCUCCAGCCUUGUUCAAAGUGUGUAACAAUCUCCAGAAGACAUUCAACUAUCUCGUAAACCAAGAAACUAGGUUGAAUAAGAAUGAUCUCACUGUACACCCGACACUCCCAUUCCGACCUCAGUUGUCAUUUAAGUUGACAAAAAACUAUGACAAGUUGAUCAAGGAUAUGUCGAUGACAGUUCCCAUGGAUGUGAACUUCCAGAAGAUGUUCGCGGCUAAAGAUCUUGCUGGAAAGUUCUACAUGGAAGAAAAGAUGGAUGGCGACAGAAUGGUUUUACACAAGCAAGGGAAGCACUUCAAAUUUUAUUCGAGAAGGUUGAAAGACUAUUCCUUUCUUUAUGGCGAGAACCUUGAAAUCGGCUCUCUUACCAAGUAUUUAUCCAAUGCAUUCCCCAGUAAAGUGGACUCGAUCAUUUUGGAUGGAGAGAUGGUGGCAUGGGAUUUCAAGAGAAAUGUAGUGCUACCAUUUGGGACUUUGAAAUCUUCGGCUAUUCAGGAGUCCGUCAGACAGUAUACGACUAUCGAUCAAUAUGAACAGCAGUCUUCUUAUCCAUUUUUCUUAGUGUUUGAUAUUCUCCAUAUCAAUGGUACCAAUUUGACGAAUCAUCCGUUAUUCUUCAGAAAGGAUAUCCUCCAGAAAAUUAUAAACCCAAUACCACAUAGACUAGAGCUUCUUCCUUCGAUAAUUGGUUCAACUGCAGAAGAUGUACAAAGAGCAAUGAGAGAAGUAGUUAGUUCCAGAAGUGAAGGCAUUGUAGUAAAGCAUUUGCAGCUGAAGUACUUCAUUGGGGAAAGAAACCCCCACUGGGUAAAGGUCAAACCAGAGUAUCUUGAGAAGUUUGGUGAGAAUCUUGAUUUGACAGUAAUAGGCAAAGUUCCUGGUGUGAAAAUCUCGUAUAUGUGUGGCUUGAAAAAUGAUGAUGACCAGGUCUUCUACAGCUUCUGCACUGUUGCCAAUGGGUUUACAGAAGACGAGUAUGAUAAAAUAGAAAGAAUAACCCAUAACAAAUGGAUAGCUUACAAGGAUCAAUUGCCUCCCUCAAAGGUGCUUAACUUUGGAGUAAAGAAACCAAUGCACUGGAUCCACCCUCGGGAUUCAGUUGUAUUAGAGAUAAAGGCUAGGUCUAUUGAUUGUACCGUUGAGAAAACUUAUGCGGUGGGAACUACAUUGCACAAUCUCUACUGUCGUAGCAUACGAGAAGACAAAUCAAUUCACGAUUGUACCACUAUUAGUGAGUAUAAGCAAAUCAAAGCUAAGUAUUCUAAGGAUUUGGAGAAAUCUCACUCUGCCAACAAGAAGCGAAGAGUGUUACAGGAUUCUUUUGUGCAAGAGCAACAACCAAAACGGGUCAAAGUAGAGUCUGAUCUAUUCAGCGGCUUUGAUUUCGUUAUUCUCAGUGACAACUUAAGUCGCAAUGGAGAUAGAAUCACAAGAGAAGAAUUGAUUAUAUUGGUAAAGAAAUACGGCGGGAAUAUUACCAAUACGGUUCACAAAUUAGGGACCAGGCAGACUAUUGUAGUUACCGAGAGAGAAUUGCCUACAUGUAAAAGCUACUUUGAUAAGGGUAUCGACUUAGUCAGACCCAGUUGGCUCUUUGAGUGUAUCAACAGAGUGGCCAUUGUACCCCUUGAGCCUUACUUUAUCUUUGGAUCCAAGAAUAUGGCUGUGUUCAAGAACAGGCAAGAUGAAUUUGGAGACAGCUAUGUUAUUCACCAAACGGUAGAGUCGUGGGAUCGAAAUAGAUUCCAACGUCUUCCCGAGACGGAAGUUGACAUCUAUCGUAGAGAAUUUCUCGAGGAUGUUCUGGCUACAGAAGAGUCGUUUCCUCGUCGCUUUCUAUUUCACGAUAUCAAAUUUCAUAUAGUUACGGAAAACUAUAUGGUAGAAUUAUUGCAGGAUAGAAUAGAGAGGUUUGGAGGGGAAGUAAUCGCUGCACAUGCGGGGUGUUCGUUUAUUGUUGUGUGUGGUGAUUCAGAGAACAGGGAUAGAACUGAGGUUUUGAACAAGGUUAAGGCCAUCACUAAGGAUAUCAGUGAAAAAUUACAAUUUGAAGAUGCUAUUUUAACCACAAAGAUCCCUAGUGUUGUCACUGAAGCUUUUGUAAAGCAUUGUAUCAAGAGAAAUGUACUUCUUGAUUCAGACGACUACAAGUACAUUUGA